AUGCCUCUUCGAAACUAUUUUGGCAGGCGGACGGGCGUCCCCCUUGUGCGCGACGACAUCACACAAUCCCACGAUUCGAGCAUUCUCAAAGGGAGUGAUGACCACUUCCAGCCCCGGCCUUUGAAAGGGUCGACACGCCAGGACACUGGCGAAUACAAACUCAGUGCGGGAUUUACCUUCCGGACGUCAGUGCCAAGUCACCAGUCAUCACCCACCACGUUCCCCCGCCAGAGCCUCGAUUCCGCCCGGUUCCCCCGCCUGCCCCGCUCCUCCCUUCCCUACCGCGACGGCGCGCGGCCGCUCGAAACAGAACCGGAAUCCGAUACGGGCUCGUUUGAGGACGUCGGGCUCGGCGAACCCAGCCCGUACCUCGGCGCGCCCUCUCGACGACGCGGCUUCUUUGGCAUGUUUUCCGAGUCGCACGAGGUAGAUCCUGAUGGCCUGGCCGUGUCUCGCUUCUUGCCGGGACGGAGGAGACGGGGCCAGAGCGGGCAGGGAGCUGAACUCGGGAGUAUGGAGCGGCCGGAGACUUCGGCAUCACACGACGAGGUUCAGAUGAUGGUGUAA